AUGGCUCUUAAGGAGUUUGCUACUAUUGAUGUUGGCUAUCCCAUUUUAGGUGCCAAGUUUAUCAACAACAAAACUGUUUUGGUCACUGGUGGAGGUGGCGAGGGAAAUAAUGGCAUACCCAACAAAAUUACUGCAGUCAAGUGUAGUUUUAAAGUUGCGGAUCCCAAGAGAAGAUUGCAGAAAUUUAGAGAGGUCCAAUUGCCUUCAAACGAAGACUCGCCGCAGUGUAUAGAUGCAGUGAGACUCGAUGAUAACGAAUUUGAUGUUAUUGUUGGAUGCAAUCAAAGCUCACAACUCAUUAAGUCAAUGAGCAUCAACAACAAUGUGAGAAAAUAUACAUACAACAAAAAUGAGCAUUUGACAUUUAUUGAUGCGGCACAAUUUGAACCAGAAAUUAGUGGCGAUGCUGAAGAGUAUCCUAAGAUUAUUAGAAUUGCGCAGGACAACAGCAUUGGUUGUUUGAUGACCUCAAGGACCCCCUCGGUAUUGUACUUGUUUAACCCGGAAUACCUUGAAUUGAAAUACAAAUAUCAACCAACUGAUUCUAGUGAAAUCAAAGACUUUGCAUUAAGUCCGAAUAAUGGAGAAGUGUUGUCUUUCAUCACAGCAACGAGUAUUGUUACAUUCUCGACCCAAACCAAUUCAGUCACGUUUACUUCUCGAUCCAGUUUGGCUUUGAACAAACAGCUUGGUAAUUUCACCUUGUCGAAGGUGAAAUACAUCAGCAACUACGAGCUCCUCAUAUCUGCUAGCUACAAAAACGGCAAGGGUGCCGUGCUUCUCAGAUACAAUUUGACCUCGCAAAAAAUUACACAACAACAAUUGAUUUCUAAAAAAUUCAACAAUGUUGUUGGUAUGGAUCUCUCUGUGAACCAGGAUCUUGUUGCUGUAGCAGGAAAUGACUUAUCGGUCACAUUGAUUAAAUUGUCAAGUUUCAAAAUUUUGCAAACUUUUAACAAGUUGCAUCCAUUUGCAAUCACUAGUGUGACAUUUUCACCCAAUGGAAGCAAAUUAGCGACAGGUAGUGCUGCCAACACUUUGCAUGUCAUUCGCAUUCCAGCUAACUACAGUUCAGGUAAGUCGAUCAUUGGUACUUUGUUCCAAUAUUUGUUUACGAUUGUGUUGAUAUUGGCAUUGGGUAUAGGUAUUCAAAAGGGUCGUGAAACAGGCCAUUUGAAUGAGGUUAUUGAAUACUCUAAACAGUAUAGCCAAGUUGGGUUACAGUAUGCUGAAGUUGGAUUACAGUAUGCUGAGGAAUACGGAAAAAUAUUUUAUGCUUUGGCACAACAAUAUCUUGGUGAAUAUGGUGUCAAGGCUAUUGAAUAUGCAGACCUCGCAAAGAAGCACGGUCUAGAACUUUAUACUGAAAAAUUUGUUAAAGCAAAGGAAGCAUCAACAACAACAACAACAACAGCAACUUCUAUUUCCGGUGCAUCUAAUAGUGGAGCACUUGAUGAAACCAAUAUCAUAGAUCAAGCUAAAGACACAUUAAAUGACAUUGUUGUUGAAGUCACUAAAAAUCUUGAUGACGUAACUAAUCAACCAGGCUUUAAUAGCGAAAAAUACUGGAACUCAGAGUAUGUUACACACUCCAUUGAAUCUUUUGUUAGCGAGGUUGUUGACUCGACGGAGACCCCAUCAUCGGAGCCGACUUCUGAUUCGACAUUGCAAAACUUAUCUUCAGCUAAAUCUUCAGCUAAAUCUUCAACAACACCGGUUGCAAAUAAGGAAGACUCAAGUUCAGCAGGUGCUAUGUCACUUAAAAACAGCGAAACCAGUUCGGUACCAACUGAAAAUGUAGCCACUAAACUUGAAACUGGCAUUGAAGCUGUGGUUUCCGAAAUAGUUAAACACGACAUACCUGCUGAAGAAGCAAAAGUGAAGGACGAAACGCUCUCCUUCAGUGUUGAACCAAUUGUAAAUGAACCUCUGGGUACAACACACUCACAAGUUACACAUGAGAGCUCGACUGACGUUGAGAUUGAACAAUCAAUUAAUUUACCAAAAGAGCAAAUUAAAGUUGAAUCAGCUAUCAGUGAUCAAGUUUCAAAUGCCAUUGAAGAAAAUACCAAUCAAGAAGAAUCUAUUGAACUGAUCUCUUCUCGGUUGAGUCAUUCAUCUGAAGCUUCUGAAGAAAUUAAGAAUCCAAUUGAAUCAGCAUCCGAAGCCGGCGUAGAAAUUUCAUUGUCCACUGAUGAUAUUGUGGAGCCACCAAGCACAACGAGCUCAAUACCAAUUGAGAUACAAGAAGUUGCAGCAGAAGAGUUGGUAGGGGAGUCAGCAACUGCAUUCGAUAUUAAAGAGCCUUCUGCUUCAAAAGAAGCCGCUAUUUCAUAUAGUGUAACCCCUAUCCUGUCUAUUGCAAAAGCUGUUUUGGAAGACGUACCAGAGGAAAAAGAGAUUCCUGCUCCACCAUUGGAGGCAACGGGUGAACCAAUUGCUGGCCAACAAAAUGUAUCCUUGAUGGAAGAAGUGUCAUUUGAAUUAUCUGUUUCAAAGACCGUAUCUAGCAGUACAGAGUUACUUUCGUCAAUUUCUCCAGAAUCUGAACAGACAAUAGUUUCUGUUCAAUCUCAUACUGCUCCAAAUGAUUAUGAAACAAAGGAGGAAAAGCCAUCGUCACAAGAGCAAGAACAAUCUGCUCUUUCUGUGCAAGUUGCCUCUGGGAAGGACGAUGUUAAGCAACUGACAUCACAAUUGUCUCAAGAACAAUCAGCUGAGUCAAAAACUAGUACUUCUUUUCCAUCUUCUUCUUCUUCUUCUUCUUCUUCUGAAAUAGUGAAUGGUACUGCCGGAGAUGAUGUAUCAUCUGCCUUGGUUGAUUCGGUGGAUACUGAUACAAAUGUAGGUACGCCUGGUGACGAACCUACAGUUAAACCUGGAAAUGUUGAGAGUUUGAAAGAACCUGGUGCUUCAAAGACUCCUUUGAAGAAUGACACUGGAGCUGAGGAGAAUGUGAGUCCUGCAGAAGAGGUAAGUGCAAUCAGUAACACUUUGGAAAAGAGUGAUGCUGCAUCCCUGGCUCCCAAAUCUUUGCUGACCUCAACCACUCCAUCAGAUUCAUCAACAACAACAACAGCAGCAGCAGCAACAACACUGAACCCUGCUGAAAAGGAUGAACUUUAA